GCUCAGAGAGCAAGUGAUGUUACCGCUGAGACACAUCGCUAUCUUUCUACUUUAAGCAAAGCAGAACGUUCCUGCGCGGGUCCUUUGAGUAUUUAAUCACAUCAAUCACGAGGAAGCGUUUUUGGUUCAUAUUUUUCUGUCUUUCAUUACAUUUGGAUUCAUCAUGACUGGACUGAAGUUGAAAGGUGCACUGAUUUUGUGCGUCCUGUUACUACCGUCCUCGCAACCGAAUAGCCAGGUGCUGGACUGUCGAGAGGUGCGCUCGUCUUUUCAGUUUUUGUACCCGGGAAUUAAAUGGACCCCAGAAAACCCAGUCUCAGGCUCAGAUCUGCAGGUAUGCCAGCCGAAAGGCCUGACUUGCUGCUCUCGGAAAAUGGAGGAGCGCUACCUGCUUGUUGCCAAACAGAAUAUGGAGUCCAGCCUCCAGGCCACCAGUGCUCAGCUCAAAGUACUUAUCAUUCAAAACGCUGCCCUGUUUCAAGAGGCGUUUGACAUGGUGCUUCGUCUGGGUCGUAAUUCAACUCUGAUGAUGAUAAGAGAGGAGUUUCCUGGUUUGGGGGCCGGGGCCAGAGGAGCCGUCACACAGUUAUUCCUGGACAUGUCUCUUUACAUCCUGGGCUCAGAUGCCAAUGUAAACGACAUGGUCUCCACCUUCUUCUCUCGCCUUUUUCCCCUCACCUACCGCCAUCUCCUUGGCAAUGGGGCUGUGGCGGGCAUCUCAGAGGAAUGCCUUCACGGGGCAUGGCGUGGAACCUCUGCAUUUGGGUCCUUUCCCAAGAUGAUGAUGACUCGACUUUCUCGCUCACUCCUGGCCACUCGGGUCUUCCUGCAAGCGCUGAACCUGGGCAUCGAAGUGGUAAAUACGACCCAGCAUCUUCGGGCAGGCAGGGACUGUGGGCGCUCACUGCUGAAGCUGUGGUACUGCCCACACUGUCAAGGGCUGCUGGAGGCUCAACCGUGCCGCCCUCUCUGCGUCAGCACCAUGGGGGCGUGUCUGGGGGGAGCGGUGGAGGUGCAGCCUCACUGGAGGGCGUACGUGGAGGAACUGGGUUCACUUGCUACUGCUAUGAGGGGGGAGCAGGACAUUGAGGCCGUGGUGCUCAGACUACACGUCAUUAUUAGACAGGCUCUGAAACAAGCCGUAGCGGCCAAAAGCAAAGUCAGCACACAGGUGAGCGGUAUAUGUGUGCAUGCACCCCCACGUGUAUCUCGAGCCGUGGCACUGUCGACAGAACACACAUCUGCCUCACCGCUGCCCCACAGCCGUUCAACAGUGAACUUUGACCCGGAUGAGACCCUCUUCGAAAGACGCAGGGAGUUUAUCUCAGGUCUGAGGGGCUUCAAUCAGUUCUACAGUGGGCUUGGAGAAGCUUUGUGCAGUAAAGAACCAGCAGCACUCAACAGCUCCCUCUGCUGGAACGGACAGGAGAUGACAGACAAGUUUCUGGGUCCAGGUCUAAAGAGAGUCCAUCCGCACGGUUCUGAAUCCAGACAAAAGCCUCCCGAACCUGUCAUCAGCCAGAUCAUCGACAAACUCAAACACAUCAAUCAGCUUUUGCGGAUGGUGACGUUGUCUGAGAAGCGAUGGAGGGCUCGACCAGGAGGGGGGACUGCAAGAAGAGAUCCAGCCAGACAGGGCCAGGGAGACGAGGAUGAGGAGGGUUUGGAGAGUGGAGACUGUGAUGAUGAAGAUGAGUGCACUGGCGUUUCUGGACUUGGGCCGCCCCCAAGACGCAAACGCCUGCGCAUCUUUGCAGACUUGGCGGAUAACUUGGCGAUCGACGACUUAACUUUUCACGAGCUGCUCCUGACUCCUAGAUUGGCCACGGACACACAUGCCGGAGCACCUGCAUCUGGAGCAGCCCAGGCGGCAUACGUUCCUAGUGGAACCUUCCUCUUUCCCAUCAUCAUCUUCAUCCUGUUGGGUCUUCAGUGAUCAUCAAUCCACUCUGACUACCUUCAAACUUUGUUUAGAGUUUUAAAGAGACACUACUGAUGUCCAUGUGUACAUACAGUUCCAUGGUUUUGGCCAAGGACAGGAAUACUUCCUCUUUUCCAUCUCAAGUCUUGCCAUAUGAACUUCUCGUUUUUAUAUUUUGUGUGGAUUCAAGGAUUUAAGUAUCAUCUCAAUGCCUAAACAAUGAAAUCUCAAUUCUUCAACAGCAUGAAGAGUACUACUUAUAUAUAUAUAUAUAUAACAACUAUGUUCUUUCCCCUCUGUGAUUGUAUGCCACAAAACAGCCAGGUGUUUUACAUUGAACAUUGCCUCCCCUCUGCUAUACACAUGCAGUUUUACACAAAGGCCAAAGCCUUCUGUAGGAAAAGGACUUAGAUCUCUUUUGAGGAGACAAAGAGGCACAGCUUUUGUGAGUGGGCACACUUAAGGAGACGGAACCAUGACUGACAGAGUCUAGGAAUACAUACAACUACACUAGUGGACAAAGACUUUCUCUGACUCCUAGUCUGUCUCACUGUAGUGAGGUUCUCCUCUGCUACUCAUUUCCUGUGCAGUAAAUGACCCUUGGAGGAGAGGACAUCAAGGCAUUGGCAUGUCGUUGUGAAACCCUCUCCUUCCAGGACGACACAGCUGUACUUCAUUUACAAAAAAAUGCCUUUAAACUGUUUUAUUAGAAUGCUGACUUUCCCCUGACUUUCUUCUGUUCUUGUAUUAUAAUUGUGUGAUUAAAUUUUUCUCUUAAAUGGAUUUCCUCUACAUUUCCUGUUUGUUUUUUGUUUGUUUUUUGCUUUUACUUCCUCCAUUUACAGAUCACUAUAGCAUUUUCAACCAUAGAAAUGUGCGCUAUGUUAAUGGCUUGAUGGAUUCACAUAUGUAAGGCCAUUUGUAAGGUUUUCUUUAUUUUUACAUCUUCAUUUACAAAGGGCUAAACCUAUCAUUUUAGAUCAGAAUGUUAUUGCUUGAGGAACCUGGUGUGUCCAAACACUGUUUUCCAUAACCUGUGAAGUUAUUCAUUACUGAUCUCUGUUAAUUACUCAACAGCAUGUCGUUAUUCAUAAAGUGUGUUGUAGACAAAAGUGUCAUAAAGUGAAAGAAUGCUAGAAUCAGCAGCUAGAGAUGCACCAGUGUAUCAACCAAACAUCGGUUACGGCCGCUAAAAGCAAUUAUCUGCACUAUUGUAAAUCAGCUGAUUGUUUAAAAACAGCCAAUGAUAAGGGCCAGUUAUUUCUUGUCUAAAGGGGACAGAAAAACAUGUCCGACAAUUAGCCUGUAACUUGUGUUGUGUGUGUCUCAUAUGUGGAAUUACUUUAAAUUGGGUUACAUACAAUGACAGAAGUUUUGCAAUUUGUAAGCUUUGCACUGCUAGAAUUUCAAGAGGUGGAAAGUUCAAACUUUUAAGACUACUGAUUUGAUUACUCACCUUAAAGCUCGACACAGCAAUGAAUAUGACGAGUUUGUUAAAGCUACAGUAGAGGCAGCUUCAGCUAAAAAAGGACAAGCUUUAUUCAGAAUUCAGUUAGUGUUGGGGGGCCUCCAGGAACAGUGUUGGGAACCACUGGUCUACAGCACACAACAAUACCCGCCCACUUUUUCAGCCAUCAGCGGUCGCCACAGGGCUCGUUUGGCAUGCUUUGUUCGCUGGAUUCUCUGAUUGGUGGAUAAUUUCCCUUCAUUACCAUGUGUAGUGUAGUUCUUUACCAGAAAUUCCAUUUUUAAACAUAAAUUUUUUAUUAUUAAGUUGAAAUAACAUGGACUGAUGGCUUUAACAGAAGCAUAUACCAUAGAUUAACAACCACAGAGCUCACGAUAGGUCUGUUUUUAAAGGUUUAUAUUGUAGGUUAUCGUUAAAAUCAGUUUGCCUAUGAAGGUUUACUUCCGGUACCAAACCGUUGCACUCUAUUGGUAAAAAGCUGUACCAGACUUUUGUAGUGCUACCACCUACCACUACCAGACAUCACAGUGGGUAUGGUGGUUUUCUUUGUGGUGAAUGUAGUAUUAGAUUUAAGCUCUAUGUCUAAUUUGACUAAAACAUUUUUCCACACAUCACAGCAUGGUUAAUAUCGUGCUUUAUUUUCCAAGCUCAAGUUAUGGGUUCAUGUGGUUCUUUUGGAGUAAUGACUUCUUUUGUGCCACCCUCCCCAACAGGCCAGUGAAAAGAGUUCUUGAUAUGGUUGACUGGUGCACCUUCACUCCGUUCUCAGCCACUGAACCCUGUAGCUCCUAUAAAGUGAUCACGCCUCUCUGUAGCUUCUCUCACAACUCUCCUUGUUCAUGUAGAAUGUUUUGAGAGCCGAUGUUUUCUGGUCAGUUUGAUUGAGGCGCUACUUACUGAUAAUUGUGCCAACAGCGCCCAUCCAAAACACUCAGAUAAUGUUUUGUACAUUUUUCCUAAUUUAAACAUUUGUUUUACUUUUUCUCUAAUUUCUUUCUAAUGCUCUUUUGUCUUCAUUUUCACAGCUGUCCUUCAGAUCUACAGCCUAGAUAAUGAUCACUUAACUGUGGGGAUUUAUCCAGAAUAGUUAUUUUAAUGAGUCACAGGUAGAGGCCAAUUUUUAGGCAAUUGUGUCCUUGUUGGAGCAAUUGUUUUGCAUCUGUGUAAACUUAGAGCUUCUCAAAUACCAUAACUGAACUUUAUGCAAGACACAUUUCAGAUUAUUUGAUUUCACAUUAAAAUAAUACAAUUUUAUUUACAGUGCUUAGAGAGAGAAAUAAUAAUAAAAAAAAAUAUCACAAAAAACACAAUCCUAAAAUGGGAUUUUAGAAGAUUUAAUAAAAGGAACUAGUUAAGGGUCUGAAUACUAAUGGAAGGCAUUGUAUAAUAGAAGAAUAUUAACAGUGAUACACUUUAUGUUACACAGUAAUACACACACUAUGCUGAAAAGAUGCAUAAUGCUUAUUUUUCACAGUAAGUUUGAAAGUAAACAUCAGAACAAAUUUUCCAAACAAACUAUGGCUGAUGGAGUGAAUUAAAAAAAUCUCAACUUAAUUAGAACAAAUAGUUUGUUUUCAUAUUGUAUGUACUAAAUAAAUUAUAUGCUUCUACCAGUAAUGGAAUGUGCUGAGUACCAUAAUUAAACUCUGAAUUCUGCAAUAUUGUUUAUACUGGUACUGAUUGCACUGUGGGGGAGCAUUCAGGGGCCAUUUGGCACAUUUGAGCACUUGAGCUUGGUUUGAGCUGUUCAAUAACCAGAGCGACGGGGGAGAGGGAUAAAAUGGAGCCCUUCAUUCACGCCAGGUUACAGUUACUAGAACCUUAUAUUGAUGAAAGAAAUGUCCUGUCACUGUACCUGUCCUUUUUGGUUACUCUGUGUUCAUAAUGUUUGAUGGCCAUUACUGGUUUUCAAAGGUCAACACUGUAAUUUAAGUGUAUAAAAUACAGUACAACCCAAAUGCUGUUUAUUUGUGACAAUAAAGUACAUGUGUUCUAAUUUAAAUGUUUUAAUGUAAAUGAUAAUUGAAUUAAAAUGA